AUACUGUAGUCCAAUGCUUUUACUUACGAAUGUAAAUUACAAUGAUAGAAGUAACAACGUUUCAUAGGUACCGGUAAAUAAAAACAAGGAGCUUCCAAGCUCCUUGAUAAAAACCACAAAGGUCUAAAAAGAUAGAAAGAAAAAAAACUUGAAAGAUUUCGUCACUUUGCUUCCAACCAAUGAAAUGACUUCCCCGUGCUAUUUUUAGCGUGCACUCCAAAACGUAUAAAAUGCAUACAAACUCCGUAUGAUCGCAUAGAAUCAAUGCAAAAUUAAAGCGAAGCCAGCUAGUCAGCUCACCUACGGUACCGUACUACUACGGUACGCCGACUUUAUUUAGCAACCAAUCCAAUUUCAGGUGCAAUUGCCAGCAGCAGAGAAAAGGGCCAGGAACACAGUCAGGAACGGAUCUUUUUAUGGAUUUAUGAUUUUAUCACAAUAGUAACUGCGAAUUUUGUGCACUAUACCUACGCUGUUAUACAUUUGAUGCCCUGUGCAUUGCAAUUGCAACUUUUUGGGCGAGAUUUUACAGAUUCACCGAAACAAGUACAUAUGGCUGCGAUUAGGAAAAAGCUGGUCAUUGUUGGAGAUGGUGCUUGCGGAAAGACAUGUUUGCUGAUAGUAUUUAGCAAAGAUCAGUUCCCAGAAGUUUACGUCCCAACAGUAUUUGAGAACUAUGUAGCUGAUAUUGAAGUAGAUAAUAAACAAGUUGAAUUAGCAUUAUGGGAUACUGCAGGUCAGGAAGACUACGACAGACUGAGACCACUCUCAUAUCCAGACACAGAUGUUAUACUCAUGUGCUUUGCCAUAGAUAAUCCAGACAGCUUGGAAAAUAUCCCUGAGAAAUGGACACCAGAGGUGAGGCAUUUCUGUCCCAACGUCCCUAUUAUCCUGGUUGGUAACAAGAAGGACCUUCGAAAUGAUGAUCACACCAAGCUGGAGCUACAGCGAACAAAGCAAAGUCCUGUCUCGUAUGACGAAGGUCACCAGAUGGCCGUGAAGAGCGGUGCUGCCAAGUACAUGGAGUGCUCAGCCAAGACUAAUGAUGGAGUGAGAGAAGUCUUUGAAACGGCAACCAGACAAGCUCUGCAGAGCAGGAAGAAGAAGAACAGAAUCAAGUGCCAGAUCUUCUAAAAAAAACAUGCACUUAUUAUAAAACUAUUUCAGUCAAAGACUGAGCUUUUGGGAAAGGCACAUUUUCAGUGAAUCCUUGAGUAAUGUGAGAUCAUCCAUGUGAGAUGCCAAUAGGAGAUAUGGACAUUCUGCAGGAAGAACAUUUGAAGAGUUAAAUUUACUGCAGUGAUAUUCUACAUUGCAGAUGUAAUUCUUAGUUUUACCAAGUUUGGAGUUAUUCACAAUGUAAUGUGUGAACUACAUUAUGCCUUGCCUAUUAUAAGUGUCUUGAGGUUUUAUACUGUACAUCUGUACAUGUACAUGUAGGUGACAGUAUAAACCUUUUUUCAUGUAAAAUAUGUAUGGCCAGCUGAGCUUACAAAGUACAAACAUAAGUAAAUCAAAUCAUCUAAAACCCCUCUUUGGUAAUAAAACAUACAUGUACAAAUACAAUUUAUUUUCUGUUUGAAACUAGGGUAAGAGAUGACUCUAAAAAGUUACUGUUGAAAAAGGCAAAUUGAAACUGAAUCCAACACUCACUGCAACAGUUGUAUUAUUUUUCUCUAAAAGUGGUACCGUAAUUCGUGGAUAGGGAAGAUUACACAAAACUGAAUAUGUUGUGUAUGUAUGUAUAUUGUUUGCAGGGAUUGUGGUUCUGUGCAUGAAUGCUACAUGUAUGUUGUUAUCUCACUUACAUGUAAUCACUUUCAAAUUUAUAGAGGUAUAUAAGAUUUUCACUGCUUUAUUUAUUCAGUGAUAAUGUACAUGUAUUAACAGUUAUGUUUAACAUAAAACUUAUUGUGCUAUUAAAAGCAUAAAACAUGUUUAAGCAUUAUAUUAAAAAAAAAAAAAAAAAGAGCUUUAAAAAGUCUCUUGAUGAAAUGGCAGAUUCUUGUAAAUUAUCAAUAAUGCUUGUUUGUGUGUGAGAAAGUGAGUGUGCACUGGUGUAGAUAACACCUACUGUCCUUUUCAAGGGGGGGGGGUGGUCAUUGAGUCACCCCCAUUUGAAAGCGUGGCCAUGACAUCACACAUCUGUACUUGUGUAAGCAUAAUAUACUGUAUCAAAUUGUAAUUAAGAAUAAGACACCCAUGAUGGUUGUUUUUAGCAAGAUUUUUAUGUGCCUUUUCAAACUGAAAUGCCAUCCUACAUUUUUUUAAUAUGUAACGUUUGCAAUUGAGAAAUUAUUCUGGGUUUAGGGAGGGGAUUUUUUGGUACAAUUUCUUUCAACUGUGAUCUUCAUGUAUGUAUGUAUCGUAACAUUGCCAAGAGGUGAAAAGGGUAUUCCUUUCCAAGGCUUUCAUCUAUGUACAUGUAUUUGCCGAUUUUCUCUUUUUAUUCUGUUUUGAAGUAUGGAUUAUAAUCAGAGUAUGUACAGUCUGUAUAAUGUAAUAAGGAAAAUCGCUACAUCCUAGUGUGUUCCUGGAUUUGUUUUGUGCAUCUCAUUGUUUUUGAGCCACCACCAUACAUGAUAGAAAUAAUCACUGCUUAAAUACAUGUACAUGUAUGUUGUGAGUGUAUGGGCAUGUUUAAUGAAUCAUCAAGGGGGGGGGGGGUUCAUGUGCAGUAGACUUUACAAGAAAGCUGUCUUUCAAAGAUUUUUGUUUUGUUUGAACUUGACGUAUAAGUCUUGUUGGAUGAAAUUGAAAAUUCAAAUCUGAUCUUAAAAAUAAUACCAUGUGGUUCCGUCUUUCGAUACUUGUACAUGUAGGAAAUAAACUCCAUAUAGUAUAUUCUACAUUCAUUUCAGUGAUUCAGUGCCUUAAUAUGAUUCAACUUUUGUCAGGUACUUUAAUUAUAAUGCUGUAUUAAUCAGUAUUAAAGGCAAAGUCUACCACUAGUGUAUGAGUAAGUUUUUUUUUUUCAAAUUACAUUAUAUAAUCAACUUUUGGCAGAUAGUAGCAGAGAUGUGAUGAAUUAGGAAAUAAAGCAUUUGAGGAUGAUCACAAAGAGAGACAUUUGUAAAACUCCCAUGUAUUUGUAUCCUAUCCAGGCAGAAUAUUUGUUGACUUGUUUUGAUAGAAUCAAAACAAAAGAAUUUCCGCUGAAAGCUUCAAUGACAAUUAUCUUUCGAGCAAACUCUUUUUUAUAUACUUUUAACAAAUAUGCUUUUACAAGACAUUUCUUGUUCUGUUUUGCUGUUGGAAGGGAGUAUCCAUUCAUAUAUCGCUUUGGUAAUUUGUAUAUAUAUACUUUAUGCAUAUAUUGGAAAGGGAAAUUUUGAUGGUUAUGAAUAUAAUAUGAGGUUGUAGAUAAGACACACAAAGAAAGAUAAAAACAUUAAAUUCCUGAUGAAAUUGUA